UUUUCCGAUAGUCAAUAAUCGACCUGUAUAUCCCUACACAGAAACACACAUUUUUGUUUUGGUUUUGAUUUAUUUAACGUUAGUACGAGGAAAAAGUUGGGAAAACUCUAAAAUGUUGAAUAAACUACAGUUUAAUAAUAUGGUAAUAUCCAACAAAAAGGGUAUACAACAGGCCCGAUUACAGACUAUCAACAAACUCGUGCACAAAAUACGAAAAUUAAAGACCCUGUUGGAAAAACGGCCGGAUGAUGGCAAGUGCAAAGAAAGAAUCCGAAAAUCGACAGAGACAAUGGAACACUUGAAGAAACUCAAACGUGUUGAAAUUAUGAAAGGGGUCUUAUUGUUGGAGAAACCCCCUGCAGCUGUGAUAACGAAUGGUUCGUCAACACCCGAGGAAAUGGCCGGAGCAUUGCUUUCAAUGAACAAAGUUAUGCAGGGCUUAAUAAAACGCUUUAAAUUAGAGCUAAAACUUGAGGACAACGAAAGCGCCAAAUGGAGAGAAGAACUUAGGGAAAAUAGUAAGAGGCGGCAAAAAAUAGAAAGAACGGAGGAAAAGAAACGCAAACGGCAAGCAAUGAAGGAGCAAAAAGCAAUGGCUCGUAAACGAAACGAAUGGUUAGAACAAAAUUGUCCGAAUGGCGGUAGCGAGGAGGCACCUAAAGAUGACUCUAUAUCCACUGUACCUGGCUGGAAAGUAGAAGAAGUGGAAGAAGAAAAGCUGCCAAAGGAAAUUGUCGAAAGUAAACCAAUUUUAGCAAUUGAAAAGCCAAAAAUCAAAAGAACAAAGCCGGUAAAAGAUGAAAAACCGAUAAGAAACGAUGUCCCCAUAAAGAAAUCCAAACCAGAGGUAAAACCAACGCUUAGGGAACCACAAGAAAAUCCAACACCGAAAUAUGAAUCAGACGAAGAAAGUCAACCGGAAAGUUUCAAACCCGGCGACGAUGAUAAUGCAGAAUCAGAAACUGAAGAAACGACACAUGUUGUUGAUCCAUUCUUUGUUACAGAAACUGGAGAAAAUUAUCUUUCCACGGCAGUUGUGAGUAAAUCUCAAGUGGAAGAAACCUACAAGGAGGAAGAAAAGGAUAGGCAUCUUAUACAAUUGAAUGGCUCGAAAAAAUAUACAGAUUUCCGUGACAAUCGAAAACAGCAAAGGCGUGAAGAUAGUUUCCCGCAGAAAGACAAAUGGCAAGACAAAAAAUACCCCCAACAAUCAAAUAGAUUCGAACGUAGAAGGCAAGAUCAACAGCAACGGGGUGAAAAUAAAUUCCCCCAGAGAAACAAGUGGAACGAUGAUAAACACUCGCAAAAACCUAACCGAUUUGGAAAUGAUAAUAGGAGGCAAGGCCAUCAGCGCUUCGAUGACAAACCAAAAGACGACUUUAAGAACAACAUUGAUGCUGGGGAGAAACUGCAUCCAUCUUGGGCGGCCAAACAAAAGCUCAAACCUAUAAUAACGGGUUUCCAGGGCAAGAAAAUUGUAUUCGGUGACGGGGAAGGUGAAAAAGAAGAUAAAGGCAAUGUUAGGUCAUUAAAUGUAAAUAAAUCUGCCAAAGAAACUAAACCGCAAAAUGUAAGCGGUGAAAAUUUACAUCCUUCUUGGGCAGCAAAACAGAAACAAAAACCCGUUAUAACUGCUUUCCAAGGUAAAAAAAUCAGCUUUGACAACGAUGACUAAAAUAAUAAACAGGACGUGACUUUUAAAAAACACAACAAA